UUUCCCGCUUCUGCUCAUCACCUGCAAAACUCCAAAACCUAAACGCCAACAACAAUAUCAACUAAACUCAAUACUCACUCACUCACCUUCAACUCAUACGAACUUCCUUCUUUCCCUCCAUGUUAACCAUAAUCAAUCAAUGAAAACUCAACACCAAAUUUCAAAAUCCUAACACUUCUUCAAUAUAUAUUUUUUCCUUACUAUGAUCUCUCGGUCACCGAUUCGCCGGAGUUGGGCCUCCGGCCGGUUCCCGGCGGGAUCCGAGAGGUCCUUACAGAAUUCCUCUCAGGAAAGGCACGGCGCCGAUGCUGACUUCGCCCGCGCGCAAGGAGGCCAUAUAUCGGCGCCGCCUAGGAGGUUAAUGUUAGCGCCUCCGUCAGGGAUGGUGGGAAAGGACCCCGGGGGUUUGAGGCUGACGAAGGUGCUGGUGAACGUGAAUAUGGAGCGGAGCAUUGGGCCAGUGCAGGUGUUGAUAUCGCCGGAGAAAACAGUGAGGGAGUUGAUAGCGGCGGCCAUGGAGAUUUAUGUGAAGGAGAAGAGGCGGCCUCUGUUGAAACACAUUGACCCCAAUUUCUUCGAGCUUCAUUACUCGCAGUUCAGUUUGGAGAGUUUGAAGAGAGAUGAGAAGGUAAUAAAACUGGGAUCAAGGAAUUUCUUUUUAUGUUCAAAGCCUUGUACAACUCUAAACUCUUGUUGCUCAGGUGAAGCAAAGAAUAAAGCAAUCAAGUUUCAUUUCUCAUUCAGCAAUUUAAUGGAUUUCUUGCUCUAGGUUGUUGUUCCUUUCUCUUUCUUUCUUAAUAUUAUAUGUAUGUGUAAAUAUAUUUCAAAUAUCCUAUCUAUUUUUCAUAUGCGAGAGAAAAAGAUUGUGGUGAUUUGAUUAGGAAAA